GUCGCUGCUUGCCCGCCAGAACACACAACACUGCAUAAACCCAGCAGACUUUAUACCUUUUACACCUUUACAAUUGAACUAUCAUCUCCUCACGUAGCCGGACGUCCUCCUCUGCUGCCUUAAGAUGUCCGAGAGCAAAUUGAAAAAAGUUGCAUUCCAGGGCCUGGCCCCAGUGGACACUGAAUGCACCAGGCUGCUUGGCAAGGCUCAGGUGUACUGUGAAGGGAACAAUGUUUGGGAUGCCAUGUUGAACCAGACAAACUUGCAGUUUAACAACAACAAGUACUACCUGCUACAACUGCUGCAGGAGACCCGCACCAAGAAGUUUUACGUGUGGUUAAGAUGGGGACGGGUCGGGAAAAGUGGACAGAACAACCUGAUAGAGUGUGGACUGAACCUGGACGAGGCCAAGGAAAUAUUCACCAAAAAAUUUUUCGACAAGACAAAAAAUGAAUGGGCAAAUCGGAAGAAAUUCUCCAAAGUUGCUGGGAAGUAUGAUCUGAUACAGAUGGACUACACUGUCAAGGAGAAAGAGGAUGAAGUUGAUGCUGGUCCACCCAAGAAGAAAAUCAAACUGGAGUCCAAGCUGGAUAAACGAGUACAGAGCCUUAUUGAACUCAUCUGCAAUAUACAAACUAUGGAGGAUGCUGUGAAAGAGAUGAAGUAUGACACCAAGAAAGCACCACUGGGCAAACUGACGAAACAACAGAUCAAACUUGGCUACAAGGCCCUGAAACAGAUUGAGUCCUGUCUGAAUGGGAAAACAGCAGGUAGCAAACUGUUACAGGCCUGCAACGACUUCUACACACGCAUACCACAUGACUUUGGAAUGAGACAGCCUCCUGUUAUCCGCACCCAUGAAGAACUGAAAGCCAAGCUCAAACUGCUAGAAGCCCUGGAUGACAUUGAAGUUGCCAUGACCUUGCUGAAAGAGAAGACAGAUUCACACCAGCACCCUGUUGACAAACAGUACCAGGCCCUGAAGUGUCAGCUGGAGCCUAUGGAACACACUCAUCCUCACUACAAGAUUGUGGAGCAGUACUUACAGAAUACGCAUGCUAAAACACACGGACACUACACCAUGGCAGUACAGGAUAUCUUUGCUGUGCAGAGGGCAGGAGAAUCAGAGAGCUUCAAUGAUGUUGGCAAUAGAAUGUUGCUGUGGCAUGGGUCAAGACUGACCAACUGGAUGGGCAUCCUGAGCCAGGGUCUGCGAAUAGCCCCACCUGAAGCACCUGUUACAGGGUACAUGUUUGGCAAAGGAGUCUACUUUGCAGACAUGUCGUCCAAGAGUGCAAACUACUGUUACCCAACAACAAAGAACCACACUGGCCUUGUGCUGCUGUCUGAGGUGGCCUUGGGAAACACCAACGACCUUCUAGCUGCUGACUACCAGGCAGACAAGCUGCCGACAGGCAAACACAGUGUGUGGGGCAAGGGGAAGAUGGCCCCACAUCCUGACAGUAACCAUGUCAUGGAGGAUGGAGUCAUUGUUCCUUUAGGCAAAGGCACAGACACUGGAGUCACCAACCCUAACGGCUACACUCUCAACUAUAACGAGUACGUCGUCUACGAUGUUAGUCAGAUUAAGAUGCGAUACUUGGUCAAGGUGAAGUUCAACUUCAAAAUGCAGAUGUGAUACAGCUUCAAAGCACCUAUCCAAACUGUUAGCAUUUAUAUCGUUCAAGAUAUUGCAGUAACUGUUACCUGUUUAUACUAUUAGUAUUGGGCCGGCUGUACAUUUAAGGCAUCUAGUACUCGUAUCUGCUUGCUCACUGCUGUUCAUUAUUGCUCCAAGACUUAGUAGUUCAAUAAUUUGUGUUACUGUUCUAGACUUAUAGGGAUUACUGCUAGUGUUAGUUAAGAUACAGUUAAGAUCAGAGACUGUACAUUCUUGAUAUGAAUUUUAUAUACAUGUUUUGCUGUACAUCAAAGUUACUAUUUACUUCCUCUUGCCUUAUGUCACCAUAUAUAAUGUGUUGUGUAUCAUGUCAGAGAUUUUGAAAUGGAUAUUACUAGUAUUUGAGAAUC